CAGAUCCACAGCUUCCGACGCCAUUCUCACCUUUCAGCAGCAUGGGCGCGCCGGACACAUCAUGGGUGUUCGCGGACCUCGCCGUCGCGGACAGCUCCAGGUACAGCACCCGCUCGCGGCUGCUGCUCACGGGGCUCUCCUUCGCCAUCGGCAUCCUCACCAUCCUCCUCUACCUCACCGUCUCCUACGCCUGCCGCCGCCGCCGUUGUCACCGUCAGGGCGGCGCGGACGCGGGUGCGGAUGCGGAGGACCAGGAGGCCGGCAUGAGCGACGCCGCGAUCGUGUACGAGCAGGCCGACGCGCUGGCCGCGCCCAUGGACUGCGCGGUGUGCCUCGGCCAGGUGGAGGCCGGCGAGAAGCUGCGUCGGCUCCCCAAGUGCGCGCAUCUAUUCCACGCCGACUGUGUCCACGCCUGGCUGCGCGCGCACUCCACCUGUCCCAUGUGCCGCGCCGGCACCACUGGCACCACCACGGCCACGACAGCGGCGGCGGAGGCGCCACCACCUGGCGUGGUUGCAGGCACGCCGCCUGCCUUAGAACGGAUGAAUUGAACCACACUGACCGGAGAAUAGCGAGAGUGAUGGAUCGAUUAGCGACGCCGACUGGAGAAUAGCCAUAGUGUGGUCGUGGCUGCGGCCACAGUGCGUGUACAGGAGUACCUGUGACGUCGAGUGUGCUUGUAUUACUGGUUCCGUUUCAUAGUGCGCAUAGAUAU